AUGUUCCCAGGCAGUAACCAAGGUCGAACCUACAACAACAACCAAGGUGGUUACCAGAACCAGCAGGGUAACUACAACAACUAUGGACCCCCACAGGGUCCCCCACCCGGCGGAUAUCCUCCACCAGGCCCUCCUCCUCCAGGCUGGGGUCCUCCACCAGGUCCCCCACCACAACAGUACCAAAACCAGGGUUAUCAAAACCAGGGUUACCAGAAUCAGGGCUACCAGAACCAGGGUGGUCGUGGAAACCAGGGUCAACAGACCCAGUUGAACUCUCCUCAGUUCAUGCAACAACAGCAGCAGUAUCAACAACAGCAGCUGCAGAAUCACGAGCAAUUGGGUAACUUCACCAGGCUGCACGGUGGACAGUCGUUUGAAGGCAACAACGGUGCCAUUUCGGGUCCUCCACCAUCCAACCCGCAGAGUUUCGGUGGAAACUCCAACAUGACCUACCAGUACUCCAACUGUACGGGUAAGCGUAAGGCUGUGUUGAUCGGUAUCAACUACUACGGCACCAAGAACGAGUUGCGUGGAUGCAUCAACGAUGUGAAGAACAUGAGCAAAUUCUUGAACGAGUACUUUGGCUACUCCUACGACGACAUGGUCAUCUUGACCGACGACCAGAAGGAAUUGGCCAGAAUCCCCACCAGGGAGAACAUCAUCAGAGCCAUGCAGUGGCUUGUCAAGGACGCCAGACCAAACGACUCGUACUUCUUCCAUGUUUCGUCUCACGGUGGCUUGGUUCCUGACGAGGACGGAGACGAGGAGGACGGUUUCGACUCGUGCAUUUACCCUCUUGACUUUGAGAGAGCCGGCCCUAUUUUGGACGACACAAUGCACGACUUGAUGGUCAAGCCCUUGCCCCAGGGUUGUCGUUUGACUGCCUUGUACGACUGCUGUCACUCUGGUACCGCUUUGGACUUGCCUUUCGUCUACUCCACCAAGGGUGUCGUCAAGGAGCCAAAUGUGUGGAAGGACGCCGGUACUGGCGCUUUGAACGCCUUCAUGGACUACAACAGAGGCGACAUUGGUGGUGCCAUUUCCGCCGUCAGUGGCAUUUUCAAGAAGGUCACGAACUCCGCCAACGUGGACAGAGAUGCCAUUAUUCGCAGUAAGAUGUCUGCCGCUGAUGUCAUCUCCAUGUCUGGUUGUAAGGACGACCAAACCUCUGCCGAUGCCAAGGAGGCUGGCCAGAACACCGGUGCUAUGAGUUGGGCUUUCAUUUCCACCUUGAAGGCCAGCAACCAGCACUCGUACCUCUCGCUUUUGAACCAGAUGAGAGACUUGCUUUCAAGAAAGUACUCUCAGAAGCCACAGUUGAGUUGUUCCCAUCCUACCGACAUGAACUUGAAGUUCAUCAUGUAG